AUGGCGAAACCUAUUCUUCAGACCAAACCUUCUUCUUUUCCUAGAGACAGGAUUCUAUCUAUUACAGCUGUGGCGGCAGCGAUUCUAACAUUUUUGGCAGUAUGGACCUUCGCCGACCCACGCGCCACCUUUUCAUCUUUGCUGUCGGCACGCAACGCCGCCGCCUGCGGCGGCGCCUCCACUAACACGAGCCAAAUUUCUACGGAGAAAACAUUUUACGACGACCCGGAAACUCGCUACACCAUAGAUAAGCCCAUGAUUAACUGGGAUGAGAAAAGAAAACACUGGCUGAACCAUAAUCCAACGUUCGGGCCAAAAUCGAAAAACGGCGUAAUUAUCGUCACCGGUUCUCAGCCGUCGGCAUGCAAGAACCCACUCGGAGAUCACUUGCUGCUGAGGGGGGAGCCUCAUUCGGCGUACGAGGGAGAUUCCUUCUAUGGGGGGAUGGAGAAAGCGCUCAAUUUUGCGGAUUAUCAGGUGCUUCGCAGUUAUGGGUUCUUGCACCCGGAAUAUUACUAA